AUGACGACGAGUUCCACUACCUCUGCUGCUACCAGCACGAGCACAGGGACCAAUGGACAGAAAUACGUCGUUGCUCACCAUAUGGUGGGCAACACAUAUCCCUACCAGCAGUCCGACUGGGCGAACGACAUCGCCUUAGCCUCGGCUAACGGGAUUGACGGCUUUGCUCUGAAUUACGGAAGGGAUGACUGGCAACCUGCGCGUCUUGCAGACGCGUACGCGGCAGCGACCAAUUUCCCUAAUUUCCGGCUGUUCCUCUCCGCGGACAUGUCUUCUGUAUCUGGCGGCUCCUCUGGUGACGCAACGAAUCUAGCGAAUCAGGUCAACCAAUUCAUCAAUCACCCCAACCAACUCAAGUACAACGGCGGAGUCGUAUUGAGUACUUUCUCGGGCGAGAACAGCUACUUUGGACAAGGGAGCGUCAACUCAGGCUGGCAGAGCGUGAUCAACCAAAUCGGCACUACGGUCACUUUCAUACCAGCGUGGUUCGUAGACCCCAGUACGUUUGGCAACUAUCCGGUCAUGAAUGGAGCUUUCAAUUGGAACGGUGGAUGGCCGAUGUCGAACACGGAUAUUACAUUUGCCAGUGAUCAACAGUGGCUCAAUGGGCUGAACGGAAAGCUGUACAUGGCCCCCGUUACCCCCAAUUUCUUCACACACUAUUCACCACAGACGUACAACAAAAACUGGAUCUACAGAAGCGAUGACAACCUCUACGCAACGAGGUGGGAGAUGAUGAUCGCGAACCGAGCGCAGAUUUUCAUGACCGAAAUCAUCACAUGGAACGACUAUGGCGAAUCGCAUUACAUCGGUCCAAUCGAGGGUGCUCAACCCAACUCCCAGGCAUGGGUCAACGGUUAUCCGCACUUGGCAUGGCUCGACAUGACGGGCUAUUACGCGCAAGCCUUCAAGACGGGCUCAUACCCGUCCAUAUCUAAAGACAAGAUCUACAUCUAUGCACGCCCGCACCCCAAAGCAGCUCAGGCAUGUUGUGACUCUGUUGGCCAGCCAGCCAAUUGGCAGAACACGGACGACAAUUUCUACGUCCUGGUGAUGGCCACUUCAGCGGGCACGAUCAUUCUUGGCACGCCACAGACGCCAUCGUCCACGACUCCCACGUCGCCAUCAGCGAGUCCGUCCUCAGCCGCUGUCACCGCCGGUGUGAACAAGUUCAAGCUUGCACUACGACCAAGCUACGGCAUGCGGGCCACGUUGAUGCGUGGAUCUACUACGGUUCUGGACCUCUGGCCUCAGGACUAUUAUUUCAACCCUUCUCCAUCUGUGUACAACUUUAAUGCCUACGUGAGCAUGGCUUCGACAUAG